AUGGAGGAGAACUACUGGAACCUGGCUUCUCUGGGUAAGGUUCCCUCUUUGGCCUUGGCUGAUAGGUCCGGGACGUGGGAAUUGCUGCAGCUCUUUAUCUGUAUUCAUGCCCAUCUGUCCAGGACACCUCAUAGCUCAAUAGUAGCCAUUCCCAGUCAGUUUAGAUAGCACUGAUCUAGACUGACCAAUGGUCUGACCAGGCGUGCAUAAAUGAGGUAGCUUUCCAAGCUCAGUGGAAAAGAAUCUGUCUCAUGAGACCCGGGCCCUGCAGGAUCUGAUUUCUUUCCGCAGGGCCUGUAAGACAGAGUUGUUCCGCCUGGCCUUUGGCUUGGAGUCAAUUUGAUUCUCUCCCCCUCUUUCUUUCUUUUUUCUUUUCUCUUUCUGUGUUGGAACUCCUAUUUGGGGACUUCCCUGGCUUUUUUCUGACCCAUGUAGGACCAGUACAGAUAGCUAGCCUUGGUGAAGACUUGACGUUUUUAUCCCCAAAAAAGUUUUUGAUUGAGUUUCCACUAAAAUGCGGGUGCAUUUUAAUGUUUUAAUGUUGUAUUUUAAUCUUGUUUUUUAAGCUGUAUUUCAAUCAAUUGUUUUUAUAUUUGGUGUUAGCCGCCCUGAGCCCGGUCUUGGCUGGGGAGGGCAGGGUAUAAAUAAAAAAUUUUAUUAUUAUAUUAGUGGGAAAGUAUCUGCUCUCAGAGGGACGCGGGUGGCGCUGUGGGUUAAACCACUGAGCCUAGGACUUGCCGAUCAGAAUGUCGGCGGUUCAAAUCCCCGCGACGGCGUGAGCUCCUGUUGCUCGUUGAACUGCCAACCUAGCAGUUCAAAAGCACAUCAAAGUGCAAGUAGAUAAGUAGGUACCACUCCAGCGGGAAGGUAAACGGCAUUUCUGUGCGUUGCUCUGGCUUAGUCAUGGUGGCUACAUGACCUGGAAGCUGUAUGCCGGCUCCCUUGGCCAGUAAAGCGAGAUGAGCGCCGCAACCCCAGACUCAGCCACGACUGGACCUAAUGGUCAGGGGUCCCUUUACCUUUACCUUUAUCUGCUCUCAGGGUCAGAGCGUAGUGCUGUUAACACCAAGGUUGCAGGUUUGAUUCCCAUAUAGGGCAGCUGCAUAUUCCUGCGUUGCAGGGGGGUUGGACUAGAUCAUCCUCAGGUUCCCUUCCAACUCUCUGAUUCUAUGACUGUCUCAAAGUAGGUGUGAGAAUACCCAGCGGUGUUCCUCAUACCUUCUGUAUGUACUUCAUCACAUCAAUUUCCAGUUAAUGCUAGUCAACAGGAGCUACUUAAUAGUUCAUUUCAUUUCACUUUUAAUUUGUGUACUGCUUUUCUAUACAGUGGGUGCUUGGGUUGCGAACAUGAUCCGUGCGGGAUGCACGUUCGCAACCCGCCGUGUUCGCAACCUGCAGCGGCACGUCUGCGCACGCGCAGGUUGCGAUUCGGUGCUUCUGCACAUGUGCAAAGUGCAGUUUAGAGCUUCUGCACAUGUGCGGCCACCGAAACCCAGAAGUAACCCGUUCAGGUACUUCCAGGUUUCAGCGGGUCCGUAACCCGAAAAAACACAACCUGAAGCAUCUGUAACCCGAGGUAUGACUGUAUUACUAUAUCCAAGGUGGCUUACAAGCAAACAACAAAACAGACAGCGAAGAUCACACAUGUAAUAACAAUCUAAUCCGAUACAAAAAAAGUCACAAUAACCUUGAAAUGAACAACUUAUAUCAAAUAAAGCAAUAUUCAAUCAUCCAUUAGAAUGUCACAGUAAACAGUGAAGUUAAAUGUCAGCAAAUAAAAAUUAAACAGUUUACACUUAUCAGUUACAAUAAAAUAAAAAUUCCUUCCUGUAGGUGCUACUGGAAGGAUUUUUUUUAUUUUGUUUCGACUACGGCAGACCAACAUGGCUACCUACCUGUAACAACAAUUACAAUAAAGAAUUGCUAAACUAUAAUCAAUGGAAAUAAUGGCAAGUCAGUGCAUAAAAUACCUCAAAAUAUACACCAUGUAAAAGGAUCAAAUUGAGAAACAAAGACACACAACUUAUAAAAUUAUUUUUUAAAUAUCCCUGAACUCCUCUCUUGUCAGCUGCUUCUGCUUUGCUCAAAGUCAUGGCCUAGGGCUAGAGGGUGGGGGCAAGGCAGUGGGGGGGGACCAUUGCCUGAUGGACAGCAGAAAGCUUAGAAUCAUAGAAUCAUAGAGUUGGAAGAGAACACAAGGGCCAUCGAGUCCAACCCCCUGCCAAGCAGGAAACACCAUCAGAGCACUCCUGACAUAUGGUUGUGAAGCCUCUGCUUAAAGACCUCCAAAGAAGGAGACUCCACCACACUCCUUGGCAGCAAAUUCCACUGCCGAACAGCUCUUACUGUCAGGAAGUUCUUCCUAAUGUUUAGGUGGAAUCUUCUUUCUUGUAGUUUGGAUCCAUUGCUCCGUGUCCGCUUCUCUGGAGCAGCAGAAAACAACCUUUCUCCCUCCUCUAUGUGACAUCCUUUUAUAUAUUUGAACAUGGCUAUCAUAUCACCCCUUAACCUCCUCUUCUCCAGGCUAAACAUGCCCAGCUCCCUUAGCCGUUCCUCAUAAGGCAUCGUUUCCAGGCCUUUGACCAUUUUAGUUGCCCUCCUCUGGACACGUUCCAGUUUGUCAGUGUCCUUCUUGAACUGUGGUGCCCAGAACUGGACACAGUACUUAAUACAGUCGUACCUUGGUACUCGAACAGCUUAGCUCCCAAACAAAUUGGCUCCCGCAAACCUGGAAGUAAGUGUUCUGGUUUGCAAACGUUUUUUGGAAGCCAAACUUCUGACACAACUUCCAUUUGAGCGCGGGAAGCUCCUGCAGCCAAUCGGAAGCCGCGCCUUGGUUUUCGAAUGGUUUCGGGAGUCAAACAGACUCCCGGAACGGAUUAAGUUUGAGAACCAAGGUACCACUGUAUAUGGUUCUUGUAUUUACUUAAUAUAUUGGUUCUUGUAUUCUCUGAUCUGAGAUCCACCCUGAUCAGGCCCCCUUCUUUUUAUUUCAGGUUAUGGAAGUUGGAGCGAGAAGGAGCCUGAACAGCAGAGGAGGAAACCUGAGACAAGACAGAAGCUGAGGGGAAAAUCUUUCAUCUCUGAAGACGCAGACGUGUGUGAAAUCCCAAAGCUAAAAGAUGAAUGCGACACAGCGAAAAACACAAGGAACACCUCCCCUCAACACGCAACGAUUGCAAGUGAGAUCCUGAGUCUUAGUGCAUCUCAAAGAGUGCAAAUAGCAGAGCAGCCAUACAAAUGCUCAGUGUGCGGGAAGAGCUUCAGUCAGAGCAGCAGCCUUACUGAUCAUCAGAGAAUCCACACAGGGGAGAAACCAUUUAAAUGUUUCUCCCCUGAAAAGGGUUUCUGCGACAGCGAUGACCUUUAUCAUCAAACAUUCCAAACCGACGAGAAGCCAUAUAGAUGUUUGGAGUGUGGAAAGAGCUUCAAGCGGAAGACGCACGUCACAGACCAUCAGAGGACCCACACGGGAGAAAAACCGUUUUCGUGCUCAGAGUGCGGGAAGAGCUUCAGUCAUAGCACCGGCCUUACUUAUCACAGAAGAACCCACACGGGCGAGAAACCAUACAAGUGCUCAGAGUGUGGGAAGAACUUCAAUUGUAGCCAAACCCUUGCUUUGCACCACAGAAUCCACACAGGGGAGAAACCAUACAAAUGUCCCGAGUGCGGGAAGAGCUUCAGCCAGAAGAUACAUGUGAUAAACCAUCAAAGGACCCACACAGGCGAAAAACCAUUUACCUGCUCUGAGUGUGGAAAGAGCUUCACCUAUAGCACAGGUCUUACCCACCAUCAAAGAACCCACACAGGUGAGAGACCCUAUAAAUGCUCUGAGUGCGGGAAAAGCUUCAGUUGCAGCCAAACCCUCGCUAUACACCUCAGAAUCCACACCGGAGAGAAACCGUACAAAUGCCCGGAGUGCGGGAAAAGCUUCAGCCAGAAGAUUCACGUUACAAGCCACCAAAGAACCCACACGGGAGAGAAGCCAUAUGAAUGUUCCAAGUGUGGCAAGAGUUUCAGUCAGUGGACAACCCUUACUAGACACGAAAGAAUACACACAGGGGAGAAACCAUACAAAUGCUCAGAGUGUGAAAGGACCUUCAGUCACAGCAAUAGCCUUACUUAUCAUCAGAGAACCCACAACGAAGUGAAACCGUCCGUUGCUCUGGUUGCUUUUGCCUCUGGCCCCAUGACACCCCUGCCGGAAGGCUGCCCUGGAGGGGAUAUGACCCUCUGGCUGGAAAACAUGUCCCACCCCUGA